AUGAGUUUUAAUUAACAAUAACGAUUUCAUAAGAAACCAUAUUCUUAAUAUGAUCUCAAUACUGAUAGGCCAUCCAAGGUGUCAUCAUUUAUGAAAUCAUCUGAGAUUAUUUCUAACUAUAAAGAGAAUUAAGAUCAAUAUUCAAAUAGUUCCAUUAUUAAGGAAAUCCAAGAUAUAGAAAAAAUGUACCAAGACAAAAUUGAUUAUUUAAAAAAAAUACAUGCGAAGUUACUGUCAACAAUUAAAUUUCUGGAAAAAACAUUAGAAUAAUAGAAAAACAUGCUUUAAGAAAAAUAAUAAAUUGUAUAUAUAUAUUUUAGAUUUAUUUAGAUUAUAAAAUAAUAAAAUGAAAUUUCUUCAUAUCGUUCUAUUCUCUCAUAAAAUACACAACUCAAUAUCAAAAAUCUGAAAACAGAAAUUGAAGAUGAAAAAAUUAAAACUGAGAGAUUGCAAUAUGAACUUAAGGACUUUAAAAAUAAGUAUGAAAAAGAAAAACCUCUUGUAAACUUAUUCAAAAAAAUUGAAUAAACUUAAGAAGAAUAUAAUUAAUAAAAUAAAAUAUUUAUGAAAGAAGUGCUACAAUUAUUAGACAAACCUAGAAGUCAAUCAUUCUAUCGAUAACCAUCGAAAUAACUUGUUAAGAAAUCCUCUUUUUAUAAUUGA